UGGCCACUUUUUUUUUUUUUGAUUGAAUGAGGGUUGGCCACUUGGCUGACCCAAUUUCUGAAUCCCAGCACAAGAAUUUCUCAAAUCCUGCUUAUUAGAGAAUCUUAACGUUCAAAAAUAUCGAAAAGCAAAAAAAGAAAAGAGAAUGCUAGGCUUCCAAUACUUAUUCUGUACGAGGCCGAAGAAGGAUUAUCGUUGAACAUCCUUCAUUACAAGUAAAUUCGAUUACUACAAACCCAGAGUCGAAGAAACUAUAAUGGUUGCAUGUCUUUCAUCUGCUCCGGUUAAGAAUGCUCGGUUUCUCAACUCUCACACUCAUAAUCACUCCAAUAAUAAACCCAAGUUUGGUUCUCAAGAAGCUCUAAAUUUGCUUCAGAAAUGCUCUAAUUUCACUCAUGUCAAGCUCGUUCAAGCUAAAAUCAUUAGAAACAACCUCUCUGAUGAUCAAUUACUUGUUAGAAAAUUACUUCGUUUAUGCUUCUCUUACCAAAAAGUUGAUUAUGCCACUCUUAUUUUCGAUCAAAUUCAAAACCCACAUACCUUUACUUGGAAUUUCAUGAUUAGAGCUUAUAAUUACAACGGUAACUCUCAACAAGCUCUUCUUCUUUACAAUCUCAUGAUUUGCGAGGGUUUUUCACCUGAUAAAUUCACUUUUCCUUUUGUUAUUAAAGCUUGUUUGGAUCAUUCUGCUCUUGAUAAAGGAAAAGAGGUUCACGGGUUUGCUAUAAAAACUGGGUUUUGGAAAGAUACUUUUUUGUCCAACACUUUGAUGGAUCUUUAUUUCAAAUGUGGAGAUUUGGAUUAUGCGCGUAAGUUAUUUGAUAAAAUGGCUGUUAGAAGUGUUGUCUCGUGGACUACUUUUGUUGCUGGACUUGUUGCUUGUGGAGAAUUAGAUACUGCCCGUGCGGCUUUUGAUGAAAUGCCAAUGAGAAAUGUUGUUUCUUGGACGGCUAUGAUUAAUGGGUAUGUGAAGAAUCAACGGCCUCAAGAGGCUUUUGAAUUAUUUCAAAGAAUGCAGCUUGCUAAUGUGAGGCCUAAUGGGUUUACAUUGGUUGGUUUAUUAAGAGCUUGUACUGAAUUGGGUAGUCUUGAAUUGGGCAGACGGAUUCAUGAAUAUGCUUUAGAAAAUGGAUUUAAAGUUGGAGUUUUCUUGGGGACUGCUCUUAUUGACAUGUAUAGUAAAUGUGGUAGUAUAGAGGAUGCCAAGAAAGUGUUUGAGGAGAUGCAAAAGAAGAGCUUGGCUACUUGGAAUUCAAUGAUUACUAGCUUAGGAGUGCAUGGGUUUGGCAAGGAGGCCCUUGCUCUUUUUGCACAGAUGGAGGAGGCAAAUGUCAGGCCGGAUGCAAUUACAUUUGUUGGUGUUUUAUUUGCUUGUGUGAACACGAAUAAUGUAGAAGCGGGUUAUAGGUACUUCAAAUAUAUGACUGAGCACUACGGAAUUACACCCAUGUUAGAACAUUAUACAUGUAUGAUUGAACUUUAUACUCGUGCUGCUAUGUUGAAUGAAGUUAGUGAAUUAGUGAACUCCAUGCCGAUGAAGCUGAAUAGCAAUCCAGCAGCAGCACUGGUUUGGCCAAGUAUCAUUGAUAGUAAUGCUGAAAAUGAGAAUUUUUUUGAGCAUCAUGAGGAUUUGCACUGCAUUGGGACACCUUUUUCUUCCCAAAAUCAGUUUUGGUGCUUCAAAUGGGAUGUUGGCUGAGUUUAAUGGAUCACUUCUGGCCACAUUAUGGUUAUUAAAUGAGACACAAAACAAGAAUGUUAUACAAAUAUGUUCAACAUUAUAUUCUAUAGGAGCCAGACAACCAAGCUUUAGUCUCCACACAUAUACACCCGCAUUAACUAGUGAGGUUGGGCUUUCUUCCCCCUCUUGAUUUUUAGAGGAAGGUGGGCAGGGUUGGCAGGGAAGGGUGCUUUCCACAGCUAGAUCUCAUUGCUUUUGUAGCCAUAUAACUCUUUUGCUUUGGCUUUUUAUGUCCAUUAUUUGUACCUUGUUCAUAGUUAAGAACAUGAAAUUCUAUAGAUGUACAAGUGGCAUGGAUUUAAAUAAGUCAAAUUGAUGUGCAAAGUCAAUUAUUUAAUUAUUUGAUUUUCGAGGGUAGACAUCAGUUAGUUCCACUGUUGAGAUGUCUCUAGCUUUAUCAUUUUGAAAGAAAUUACUCCUUGCUUCCUCAAACUUGUGAUCCUAUUGAAUCUUCUAGUGUGUUACAAUUGGAUCCAGUUUUGUUUUCCUUUUCUGCAAAUAGCUUCCAUGAUCUAAAUUAUUAAUUGAUGAAAAUCCCCAAUGAAUGAAGACCCUUUAUAGAGUACAUUGGCCUUAAUUGUUAUUCCUUUUAUGCUAUUGAAGUUAUAACUAUAAUAAUGAUAAUGCUGUGCUUGAUCUUGUUCCUGACUUCUACUGAUGGUUUGUCUGUAGUGUUUGCAUGUUUGUAUCAUCUGCUGUCACGUAUAACAUCUCCAUUAUGAAAGGGACAUAGAAAAGGCUAUUUAAUAUUUCCCAAUGCAGAAGUGCUAAACAAGUCCUUCUCGGUGGAAAAAUCAAUGAAACCUGCUCACUUAACUUGCUUAGUGGCUAUUUUUGUGGGCUCAUGUCAACAAAUUUGCUGGAUUGGUUGAUUGGCAGUGACCCAUCUUCCUUAUUUAGUCUACUAGAUUGUUAUCAUUCUGCUGCAUGUUAAAAAAGAAGCUUUACCACAUCAGAAAGUAUGGAGAUCUCCUCCUUUUCCAAGUUGAGUAUUAAUAGAGAUUAUACCGUUGGACUUAUGUGCCACUAUUUGUUCAGUAAUGGCUCUGCUCAGUAUGUUUUCCUUGAUCUGAAUGAUGAACGAUCUGCCGUUGUGAAUCAAGCCUUGAGUUUUUGUACUGAAACAAGUUACAACAUUUGUGCUUCAUGCAAUGGCUUGCUUUUGUUUUCAAGUGUUAGAGACAACUCCAUUUCUUAUAAUGUCUUGAAUCUCUUUUCUAAGCAGCUUGUAGUUCUUCCGCAACCUCAGAUUGCCAGAAGAUGUAUCAGGACUGGCUUGGCUUUGAAUGGUCACCACUAUCAAGUUGUACGUAUUUUCAGUAUUAAAGAUGUGGAAGUAUGUAUUGCAGGAUCAUCAUCAGCUGGUGCUGCUGGAGGCAGUGAUAUUCUGGAGAUGGAGAUCUUCUCCUCACAAACUGGCAUGUGGAGGCAAUACUAUUCCAUGAUCCGUCUACCUCCCGAGCUUCCCACUCUCAGCACAAAUCCUCUCUUCUCAAAUGGAGCUUUGCAUUGGGAAUUGGGUGGAAACUUGCUCAUAUAUUAUAUCAACCAUGGGAAAUGUAUGCUCAUUAAAUUGCCAAAUUAUUCUGAAGAUUGGUCCUGGUAUUCCAUGAGUUAUGGGCAGUGCUUAUGGGAGUCCAGGGGGCAUGUACACUAUUGCUACUCAGAUUUUAGAGGAAUUCACACCUGGAUUCUCAUCAAUGAUCAUUCCUUCAACAGCCGUCCUGAUCCUAACAACUUCAAGUGGAAAUUAAGUCACAGCAUUCUGCACAAAACACUGAUGUCACUGAACCCAGCAAUCUUUUCCCAUAUUCGACAGAGACAAAGCUGGAAGCCAUACUUUGUGUCUCCAUGUGCUUACGAUGAACAUUUGGAUACAUUAUAUCUUCGAAUACCUGGAAUUAUUGUUUCUUAUGAUUUAAGGGCUCAGACGCUGAAGGAGCUUUGCACUUUCACCUUCCCAGACACAAAUUUCCACUGCUGUAUGCUGUUUCUUAUAGUAAAGGGAGACUCUUUAGUGGGAAAUGGUAAAGCAACUUCAGGAGAUGGAGCUGUGGUCAGCUUGCCAAUAGCCAGUGCAUUUUUGAGGAGGUGCAACAGUAAUUGAGUAAGACGCCAAGAAAACACUUUUAUUCAGGACACCCGAAAUGGGAUAUGGAUAUUUGAAUUCUUAAGCUCCCUGUAUCAUUAGUUUCGCAUUCUACUGUUGAAAAUUACUGGCCUAAUGAGCAAAUUAGGUAAUUUGUAAUUGUGUGCGCUACGAAUGUAAUUUGGAUGAUACUCAUAGAUGGUUUUUGAUAUUAAACUUCAUAUCCAUAUUGGCUGCUGA